UGAAAUAUUAAACGUGCGAAGCAAUAAUAGGAGAUCGACCCACGCAAUAGGCAACGUUUCUACCAGAAAACUUGCCUUCGUGCAUAGCGUUCGCCGCCAGCAUUUCGUGGUAAACGUUAGGGUUACAUAAGCUGCAGUCGCCGGGAAGUAUGAAAAGCAGUCAGCGGUGUUUGAAUGCUAUCGCGUUCCAUACUUAAAAGCGAAGCUUGAUCAUCCGUCCCCCCUUUUUUUUCUCUUUUUUUUUUGCGCCUGCUCACAGAGUUCGGAAUUACGUGUGAAAAAACUGAGGCUGCUGCCAGACGCUGUGCCGAUCACAUUCGCGCACCGAUGCAUCCUGCAAGCCAAGCGCUGCAGCGCUUUAGAAAAAACGCCGCAGGAAACAGGUAAAGUGCAACGUUUUUUUUUAAGGCGAAUGGCGUGUUGCGCGAUGGCCUUGGGAAAAACGCGGCGUCUAGUCAAGUGGUACAAAAAAGAGAGAGAGAGAACACGUGACUUUCUGCGAGCGAGGGUCGGGUGGAGAGGGGAACGGCGGCACGCGCAGGCACCAAAACAGGUGUUGCGUCGCUGACGUCACGCGGCGGUGGUUGUGGCAACGGUCGACUGCGAAGCUAGAGAGACUGCGAUGGAGGAUGCUCGCCCGGGGCCUAGCGGAUUGCGCGGUAGGCCUCGGAAGUACGCUACGGCCGAGGAUGCUCGCCAAGCGAGAAACGAGGCGCGACGUGCGAAGCGGCGGGAGCAAGGCGUUCGACCGCGAGUGCUGCUUUCCCCUGCUGAGAGGAUGCGACGUAAAGUCGAAGAGAAACGUCGUUGGCGCGAAUCUGACCCCGCUAUACGAGCGCGCGAAGCCGCAGCUAAGCGUCGAAAACGAGCCGAAGAAGCCGAACUACGAAAGCGGCAACGCGACGAUGCGAAACGGCAACGUAGAGAGGGGGCCGAAGCUCGCAGACAACGGCUUAAGGAGGAGACCGAUGCUCGUAGAAUGGAAGCGGAGGCUCGGCGUCGUCAGUCGGGCGCGGCGGCGACGAAUCGAUUUCGGAAGGCGUUCGUGGAGAAUCCGUGUGGGAGUGUGUGCGACGUUUGCGGUGGACUGUGGUUUACGGACGAUUUGACCCGAGUGAAGGCAGCGUCGUGCGAGCUUCUCCACCGGCACUUCCCAACGAGAAACGUGGCGGAGUUUAACGUGUGUCGCACGUGUGUCGACUCACUUCGACAGGGGAAGAUGCCAAACCACUCCACGACGAACCGAUGCGUCUGUCCUCCAAAGCCGCUUCAUCUGCCCCAUAGCAACUUGAUCACUGAUGCUCUCUUGAGAGAAAGUGAUGGGAAUGAAGAGCUUGACAUGCAGGAGGAGCAUUCCCCACUGGGAGCAGAAACAGCUGUGGAAGCUGAUCCAUGUUGUUUAGGUGGCACAAAUGACUCCUUGACCGCAACUGCCUCGUGCAGCACAGAUGCAGCUACGCAGAGCGACUGUGGGAGGCACUCUAAAUAUGUUCAAGUGUCUCUGCGACCGGUGCAACGACAUGUACAGAUUCAAACCACCACAAAGACUGUCAAUUCAGCCGCCGCGCUCCAAGACGGAGGAUGACGUACUCGCGGUCCUGCGCCUACGUAUUCGAGUUCGCAGUGUGACGUCGCUCGUGGGGAUACGUGACUCCGAGAAUUAUUCAAGGCACCAUCUGUUAUUUGUGUGACCUGUUGCUUGAAUUGACGAAUUGAAGUGCAGAGAAACAAUAAAACACACAAACAGAAUGUUUGCGUGUUUUUGGGUUUACUUCUCACCGGAGCAAGAUAAAUGUACUUCCGCUUUGUCUGCUUGUUCCCACGGUCGUGCGGUCACGUGCAACGGGGGUACCAAAAAUAUGCCAUUUUCUACCGCGCUCCGGCGCGUGAUCAUGCUCUGCGAUCUGUUUGUUCUGCCUCAGUAUUCAUGUAGCACUGAAUUAUACCGCUAGUCACAUUUCCUCGUGCACAGCGCGCAAAAUCGUGCGCUGUGCGAACUAGCACGAACGAGACAACAGCUUGCGGGUGGCGGCGGCAGCGGAAAUGCGUAGCGCCGGAAAAAAAACAA